GUGUAUAUCUUAUUGAAGUCAGGACCAGAUAGAAACUUGAUCAUUGGAUUCAGGUUUAAUUUGUGCAGCGAUAGUAGAUGUCAGUAGCCAACAUUGGAUGUAUCUUUUUCUGCAUUUAAUUUGCUUCUGAGAUUUACUAAAAUAAGUUUACCCAAAUGGAAUUUUAUAUGGAUAAGAGGCAAUGGCUUGGAGAUGCUACUUUGGCUAUGGCUUGUACAAUGCACAAUCAAAAGAAAAUAGAAAAAGGAUUGUUCACACGUAGUCUCUUUGUGAAGCUUUGAUGCUAGGUAAAUGGCUCAAUGCAUGUGAAAUCCUAGGAACACCUUGAUUCACAUUUUCUAGUCGUAAAAGUUCUUUCACUGGCUUCUCUAAGGCCCCGUUUAGCAUAAUUUUCAUCUUCUUGUGUUUUAGUAGGCUCCAAUUCGAGAGCUCUUCACCAACUAUGUGGAGGAACAGAGGGUUUUUCCUUUCUGUAGUUUCGGUUUACCAUCUUAUAUGUUUUCUUUGCCUCUUAUAUUGUAUUUAUUUGUGGGACAAAAUCCUAUCAUGCCUGGAACUCGUGGAAUUUGGAUCCUUUGUUCCUAGAUAAGUUACUUCGGAAGGCUAGAUUUUGUUUUUUACUCCCCCUAUGUUUCUCUCGUGUAAGGAUUACUUGUUUUGCAGGUGAGGACCAUUCUUGAUACCGUGGAGCAACUUGUGGAGGAACAGACUUUGGACCCUUUCUUCCUAGAUAAGUAUGCACCGUAUCAAAGCAAUCACAAUUCUCUGCUAGGUGAACCUGUGAACACAUCAAUAUUGUGAUCGGAAGCAUUGAUGAUUUGUGAUCCCCACAACUUUGACUUCAAAGUGUUUGCAUUGGAAAUUUUCGUUGCGGUUUCUUUAUCUCACACAGAACACCUCAUUUGUUGAAGUAGUUUCUUCGCAUUGACUCGCCGAGUACAAGAAAUAAACUUUUGGUGAAGAGAGGAGUUCAAAUCUUUUUGGGUUUUCACGAAAGUUCUGUAAUUUUCAAACUUAAACUUCAAGUAGUAAGGUGAUGCCAUCAUUGACUGUUCCAUUCACCACAAUAGACAAGUUUUGAGAUCUAGUGACCAUAAGAGGAGGAAAUAUUGCUUAUCUAACUGCUCUACUGCAGCGUUUUAGUUGCUACAGUAGCUUAGGCGCUGAUCUCAUUGUUCUAACUACGAAGAAUACUAGUAUUGCCAUAACAUGAAUGCAGUUUGCAAUGUCUGUUUGCAUUUGUUCCAUUACAAAGAGCACUCACUGUCUUCAUUCAUGAUCCAUGGACAUGAAUUUGACUGAAGGUGUUGUUUAAACUUUCUAGGAUAGAAUUAGCAAGGCAAGAUUUGGAUAAUUUGUCAGCAUCAAGAAAAAACUAGAAGUGACAUGGUAUUUCUUCAUUAGAUGUUUUGUUGAAGUGGAUUGCCUUCCCUACAGGAGUAAUGUCGUGGAUGUCUCUUCCAGUUUGUCAAAUACGAAAGAGGAGGAAAUCCAAUAUCUGAUGGGCGUUCUGCAAAAGGUUGGUAUUAGCCUUCUAUAGCAGCUCUACAAUUUGCAGUUCUUACUCUUUUAAGUAAUUAAUAGUGACAGUAACCUCUAUGAUUCAUAUCUGUUUCACACACAGAAUCAUAAGCUUCAACUCUCAGAAGAUGAUAUUCUGCUUUGUGUGUUGGGUUGGGAAAAGAGAAACAAAUAGGGAUGGAGUAAAAUUUUCUCCUAUACAAGUUCCCAUGCAGUUCAUGUUGUUUUAAGCAACCAACACAAUUAUUUGAGGAUAGCACACUAAUUUCCUGUCUUAGUUUGAUCAACCUUACUGCUGACUGUCAUUUUAAUUCCAUUGAAAGGAUGCUCUAGAAUGCACCCCAUUGCCUUCUUCUUGAUGACACUUAUUUGCAGGUCGAAGUUUUUACCAGGCAUACGCAUACGAUUAUGAAAUCUCAGCUGACGGAAUCUCUUUUCUUUGUCAGGCAGAAGAACAGAAUCGAACUACCCGAGAUCAUAUCGAUCUACUAAAGACAGCAAAAAAGGGUUUCUCAAGAACUCAGAUUUUGUGAAGGUACUACGACAUUUGAUUGUUUGGCUCUUUGGCAUCCAUGAUAAGCUAAUACCUGAUAGAUUGCUUGAGAAGUUAAUGAUGUUUUAUGUAUUUUUCAAGAUCAUGUUGAAUUCUUGAUGGGUACACUGCAGUUGCUCUCGGAUAGGAAAAUUAAGUACUGCUAAUUGUGAUGCAGGUCUAUGUUUGUGUGUAGAGUUAACAUCAAAGAAUGAAGGGAUGAGGGAGAGUAAUGACUUGCUGUAUGAUCCCCAAGUCAAAGGAGAUUUUUGGCUCAUCUUUGAAAUUUGUGAUGAUUUGUUUUAUUUGCAAUAUGAUAAAUUCUUGUAAAGUAAAUCGAUAAUUGUGACAAAAGAAGGGAAGCAGAGAUAUCCCGUUAAUUUUUUAUUAUGAAUGUGAUGUCAAAACUAUCAUCUACUCGAAGUUGUUGUAAUCCCUACUUCGUAAAUGUGAUCUCCUAAGUUCUUUCGGUUGCAUCUCACUCAUCUUUUUCCUAGAAUGCAUAAUCGACUUCCCGACUAGGGGUUGGGGAGUAGGAUGGGUAAAACCAUCAUUACAACCAAAUUAUACCCAAAUAAUUCACCAAUCAAAUUGAUAUGUUGAUCAACUUAUAUUUUUAGAUCAAUCUAAAAAAGCUUAUUAAUGAUAUUUCAAUUAUGCAAAUAUUUGAUUUCGAUUAUUACUAGUGACAUUCAAUAAUUAUUUAAAAAAGUUAUAAUGACGUUUUCUAAUAAUAGCGAUAAAGAUGAUUGUGGUUGCCGUCAUAAUUACAUAGCCUAGUUGAGUUAUUAGGGUAGUACUCAAAUAUUGAUUUUCUCAGUAUCAUCAAAUUUUGAAGGAAAAAAAAAGCUUAUUCUUAUUUAUAAGAUUAAGGUUUACUUAACUAUUUACCUAACCCAAAAUUCAGUUAUUAGGUAAUUUAGGACACGAGGAGUUGGCUUUUCUUCUGGAAGCCUGUUUGCAAAAAAAUUGUGCCGCCAACCCUUCCCGCCGUUCCUGGCUGGUGCGCUGUGAUACAAGUACGGAAUUGCAGGAAGUGGGGCUAGUAGAGAAGAAGACUCAGGCGAAAGUAACGAGUGAUUUCUUUUCCUUCCGGGUAAGGGUAAAUCUUCUCUUUUCUGCUCAUCUUAUGCGCGUAUAUAAUCUAUCCAUAUAUUCGGUGCAGACCCGAUUCUCAACUGCAGUAAGAUACGGCAAAAAGCUCACACCUUUACUAUUCCAAAUCGAGUAUUUGAUUAGCUUAGGCAAUUGGUUUGAGCUGUUUCCAUGGCGGAAUCUUUCUCCAACCGCGGGGAUUGCUUUGGUUCCCACAUUAGGUUAUGUUGUUUGUGCUAGUCGUUGAUGUAAGGUUAGUGAGAUGAAUGGCUCUCAUUAUGGGAAGACAAGGAAAAACGUUCCCUUUUCGUGCUAUCAAAAGCUGUUAUCUCGUUAGGGGUGUGAUUUCCAGGGUUCAGAAGGCUGCCUCAGUUUCAAUUCACAGCCGAUGUAUGGCCAUUCAGAAGAAUUUCAGCAAGUUCCAUAUGGAUGAUAAAUGCAGUAAACGGUAUCGGCUUUUGACUUACCAAUCUUAUUCCAGUACUACUCCUCAGCAUGAAAGGCUAUCUUGGGAAGUUUCCCCUCGUGCUGUUCUCUUGAGAAAGCUCGAAACUGCUCUGCAUGACCACCAACUAGAUGAAGCCUGGGUGAAUUUCAAUGGCUUCAAAACCUUGUAUGGAUUUCCUCCAGAUGAUCUAACGAGCAAGUUGAUCAUGGAGUUUUCAUACUCUGCUGACCCUUGUUGGUUACAAAGAGCAUACAAUUUAGCUGUCCUCAUUUGUGAAGAGCACUCGAAAAAGUCGCUGCAGGUUGAUAUCCUUACUAAGCUCUCACUCCCCUUAGCAAGAGCACAGAUGCCUGUUCCAGCCUCUGUGACUCUUAGACUGAUGCUGGACAGAAGGAAGCUGCCUCCAAUGAAUGUGUUGUGGUUGGUUCUUUUCAACAUGGCUAAGACCGACACUGGAACUCAUCUCGCAUCGAAUUUCUUGAUUCAGAUUUGUGAUUGUUUCCUUGAUUCGAGUGCGAAAAAAGAUCAACUGGCGAAGCUGGUUAAACCAGAUACCAUGACUUUUAACAUUGUUCUGGAUGGUUGUGUGAGGUUUAAAUCGUCUCUAAAAGGUCAGCAGGUUCUGGAGUUGAUGUCGCAGAUAGGGGUUACUGCUGAUGCACACUCCAUCACUCUCAUUGGCCAGAUCCAUGAAAUGAAUGGCCUGAGGGACGAGGUCAAGAAACUUAAAUAUCAUAUCGAUGGGUUACCAUCUACUUUUCUCUGUCACUACCAGCAGUUAUAUAAUAGUUUGUUAAACUUGCACUUCAAAUUCGAUGACAUUGAUGCUGCUGCUAAGCUCAUCUUGGGUAUGCACAUUCCACGGAAUUCUGCUACUAUUCAUGAGAAAUAUAGAAGGGAAUCCCAAAAGCCCCAUCUUGUUUCCAUAGGUUCUGACAGUAUUAGGUCUGGCUUGAAGAUGCAGAUUGUGCCUGAAUUAUUGGUGAAGGAUUCUAUCCUACAGUCACAAACUGAACUAGAGCUUGUUACUUUUAGGAAUGGGAAAAUUCUCCUGAGGAAACGAGCACUGGCGAAGCUUGUUGGUGGUUGCCGGAGGCAUGGUAGGAUCAGCGAGCUGUCAGAGGUUUUAUAUAGCAUUCAAGAAGACUAUCAUAAACUGGAAGGAUCAAAUUUAUGUUCCGAAGUCAUUGAAGCUUGUGUUCAUGUAGGGUGGCUGGAAACUGCUCAUGACAUCUUGGAUGACAUGGAGAAACUUGGUGGUCGUUCAAUGAGCUUGACUACAUAUAUGACACUUUUAAAAGCAUACUAUGGGAAACAGAUGUUGAAACAGGGAAAUGGAUUGCUAAGGCGAAUGCGGAAGUCGGGUUGGCUUGUAGAUGUUCCUGAUGAAGUGGUAGCAUCCUCUUGUUCGUCUGAAAUAUCUGGUAUAGAAUAUUCUUCUUCCAAAUGUACCUCAGGUCUGGCAGAUUUCUUGUUUCAAGAAGCAGAUGGUGAAGAAAAGGUUAUGUCUCCUACAGUGUAUGAGUUGAACUCUACUAUAUACUUCUUUUGCAAAGCCAAAAUGAUGGAAGAUGCUCUGAAGACAUACCGAAAAAUGGGGCACAUGGAAAUCCAACCCACAGUACAAACUUUUGCGCAUCUUGUGCAUGGGUACUCUUCUCUAGGAAUGUACCGGGACAUUACCAUUUUGUGGGGGGACAUCAAGUGGAACAUGGAAAAGAGUAACUUAGCUUUGUGUAGGGACAUGUACGAGUGCUUGCUUCUGAACUUCCUUCGAGGUGGGUAUUUUGAGAGAGUGAUGGAGAUUGUCGAUUAUGUGAAAAAACAGAACAUGUAUGCUGACAAAUGGAUGUAUAGAUGCGAGUUCUUGAAGCUUCAUAAGAAUCUUUACACGAGUUUGAGAGCCUCGGAGACGAGAAAUGACGCACAAAAAAAGAGGCUCCAGCAUGUCGCUGCAUUUAGAAAAUGGGCUGGAGUAGUAUGAGCUCUCUAGAGAGGCUCGCUCGGCCAAGGGCCCUAGACCUCACCGCAUCCUAGAGAGGCUACAAGACAAUUGAAGGUUUGUCUUCAAUCUACACAAAUGUUUUUCCCCUUUUCUUUCAGAUAGUUCUUUCAUGUUUUCUUCCACAUUCCGGAGGCAUGUAAGCGUUUUACUUCAGAUGUUCUUUAGUGGUUGAAGCUGCAAUAAUACUAACUCAGGAAAUCCAAGAUGCUACCCUGCAUAACCAAAGCUUUUUAACUAUGACAAAAUGAUGAUCAUGGUUUAAAUUUGAAUGAACAUGAACUCAUGCAGAGUUAAUGGUUUAUUGAACAGAAUCGGAAGAUGUGGAUAUUCAGCAGGGGGGAAAAAGAUAACUGUUUUCAGUUUUGGAUGUUUAAUUGGGUGUAAUUCAUUACUUUCAGGAGCAAUGGUACAGAGUCACGUCUGAUCUCGGCAGGAAAAGAAGAGGAGCUCAAUGACUUAGAUCACGGGCAUUAUCGACAAAAAGGUGGUCGUAAAUGCAAUGGCCAUCUCUUUGGUGUUGGGGGUGAAGCAAAAGGUAAUGGGGCCUUGAUCACUCAUUCAAAUAAGUAAAUGAAAUUAUAUUAGCAACUCUAUUAUUUGAAGGCAUUAGAGUUUUACUUUGGCGAGGAGAAGAGGUGAAGUAAGAUAUAUACUUGCUGGAAGAUUUCAGAUUAUGCAACAGUUUUGAGGUGUGUACAGAGUUGCUUGAUCACAGCAUGUUCAGAUUGAUACAUUUGCUGUAAAUCGCAGGCCAGUUUCUCGCGCAUCAGUGCGCGAAUCAACUUAACGUAGAAGCGCGCUCCUGAAGCCUUCAGGGAUCCUUUGCCAACUUCUUCAUUUCCCCCACAGCCCCCAGGAGCACAUCGAUCAUCCCAGUCAACAAAACCAUGUCGACGACUAGUGUUUCUUCGUAAUGCCAAUAAUAAACUGCAGCCUUUUAUGAUGCCAUUUUUUGUAUUUCUAUCAAGUGGGCCGGUCGAAUGGAACUAGAAUGACAAGGUUGCUCAUUGAAACGGGAGAGCAUAGACAAGUGACAAGUCUGUCCCUUCGAGUUAUUGCACUUAAAAAAUAAACUUCUAAUCAUUUCAGUAAAGUAAAGAUAAUCUAUCACCAGCACGGUUCUAUGGUGUAGUGGUUAGCACUCUGGACUUUGAAUCCAGCGACCUGGGUUCGACUCCCGGUAGGACCUCUUCUUUCAUGCUUUGCCACGAUGAUUUCUUUACUCGUUUUUGCAGCGGCCUGAGUCAUAGGAAUCGGGACCUGUCAAGAACCCGUUGAUUCCAAUAAAUAAUUCGGGUUGUCGGGAGAGAUUCAAUUCUGGAUCAUAUAACACAUACUAACACCCCCCUCAAACGAAAACCACCAUAUAUGGACUUGAAGUUUGCACAGGUAUCACCGUAUCAGACAUCAUAUAUGCUAACAAAUGGGGGUUACCAAUAAUUCGAGUUGUUUAGAGAGGUUCAAUUAUGGAUCAUAUACCACAUAAUAACAACCCCCCCCCCCCCCCCCCCCCCCCCCCCCCCCCCCCUCCUCCCUCUCAAACGAAAACCAUCAUAUAUGGGCUUGAAGUUUGUACAGGUAUCAGACACCAUAUAUAUGUUAACAAACGAGGGGUUACCGGGAUUCGAACACAAAACCUUUCGAUUACAUAAGGGCUCUGAUACCAUAUCAAUAACCAGUUGAUCCCAAUAAACUCGUACUAUCCAUACUCUAAAUAGGACAAACCAAAGUGGCAACUGGGUUUCGUCAUAGAAAUCAGUAAGCAGCAUGCAGUGAAUUUGAAUCCACCCAGAAUUCAAGAUCCUGAAACUGCACGCAACGCAAAACGCAAUCAAAACGCGGCCUGGUGAUCUGGUGGUCUGGAGCAGUGCGUACUGAAUUCAUCACCAUCUCUAUCUAAUCUAGUACUGGCCAACAUAACAGAACACACACAGGAACGUGAAACACGUGUGCUUUUAUCCAUGGCGGUCUCGUGGAGGGUGCAGCUUUAUCCAUGGCCACGCAAACAUAUUAACGCAGCAGAUAGAUGUCUGUACUGCCUGCCAAAUUUGAACGGUCGAAAAACCCCGUGGCUUACUGUCCUUAACCCAGCUUACGUCGUCUUUGAAAGAAGCUGCUAACACAUACAGAGUAUUAGAGUAUCGUUAUUCGUUACGCGUAGUACGAAUAGUAUUGUGUUAUACAACGACUAUUAAGUAUGUGAUUGGGGAGAGUUAUAUUCCUUAUUAGAGUUGUAGAAGUUAGGUUAAUUUCCGUAUUAGUGUUAGGGUUAUUAUAGAAGUCAGUCUCUGUACUCUGUAUAAACCCAAGUAAUUCCAAUAAUAAUACACAACAGGUUCCACCGUAUUCUGAUUCAUCAACACACCGAGAGAACGGCUGCUGCAAAUAUCAACUUAAGUACCUACCUACGUGUCUCUCUCUCUCUCUUUCUACGUACUAUACAUUGGCUUAGUGUACGAUAUGUCAAGAGAAGGAGAACAAGUUGGAACAGAACUUAGUCUCUGUUCUCUGCUGGUCCAGUCUCCCUCCCUCUUUUUUCCUUGUACUGUUUCACAUGCAUGCAUAUCUCCAUGCAAUGGGAGGCCAACACCUGACGGUUUUCUGACAGCGACCGCGACGAUUAGAUUUGAAAGCGUUUGUGUCAAAGAAACAGUCGUACGUCUCCCGCUCGCUCUCCGCUCUAAAUCGCAACAAUCUGUCGAGAAAAAGUGCGUAGGUCUUUACCAAAUAUCGUACUGAAAAAAAAGUAUUGAAGAUGCGGAUACUUAUUGUUGUGUCGGAAUGGAAAAAGUUCCAUUUCGUUCGAAUGUAUUUGCUAAAACCCAUAUUGACGACUGAUUCGUAAUGUAAUUAUGUCAUGCGCGCCUCACGAAGAUUGACUCAGUGUAAAUUAUAUCUCUAGGUCUAGGUGUCUUCAACUUUCACCAACUAUUUCUUCAAUGGAAUGUUAAUUUUUUUCCCUCUUUUUUCUUCUCGUCGAGUCCAUUAUUGUGGCGUUUAAAACUUGAGAGGGAUGAAGGAAAUAAAGAGAGGGGGGACACCUGUGCUUUUAUAGAAUAGAAUUUAAGGACUGAAUGAUCAAAGACUAAAAUAGAAUAUAAUUUGUGGGUGAAGUCGACGAAGGAAGUUUUCUGAAAUUCAAACUUUUUGUAGCAAAUUCUAAUGAAAGUUCAACACAAAGGGAAUUUUUCUCUACAUUCUCAUGAUCACAAUCCUUACAGAUUUGAAUACAGGUCGAUAUUUUUUCGUCCCGCACAAUGAUAUCAAAAUUCAAUUCAAACUUUGAUGCAGUUAAGUUGACAACGCAUAUGAUAUAAUAGAGCUCGAACGUUGAACAAACAAUAUCAUAGACCAAAACACAAGCGGUACGACUGUAUGAGAAUUGUUUAAUGUAAGUUAUGAUUUAAAAGUAACAUAUAUGUAUUAAUUGAUGGAAUUGGAAAAGUAAAAUCAACGAGUUUAGAGUUUCGAUAUUUUGAAAUUUUGGUGCAUGAAAGGAAGAGGAGAGGAGAGGAGAUGAGAUGCGGUUGGUUGUAUGUAGCCAAGGAAUUGAGCGCGAGACGGGCAAUGACUAUAAAAGUGGGGCGAGAACACCUAAAUUCACCAUAAACCCGAUAUCCAAUAUGUUCCUGGCGGCUACUACCCGUAUUUUCCCCAUACCCAGUUUAAUACGGAAAUUUCUCUCGUUGACUGAGCUAAGGUAGAUACCCAGGCAUAAUUACCAUGUAACUCUAAAUUUUGUUGCAAUUACUAUAAUAUUUUUUUUGUGGUCUAGUUGUGAAUUAUUGAUUUGUGAGCAUUAUUAAUGGCUGACUUUAUUCUAAUUUUGACCAAACCCCCUGAUGAAAUUCAAUUCGCAUCCCUAAUCCCUAUUGCCUCUGGGGUUGACAUUUGCAAAAAUCAUAACGAUAUUAAUUAAUAAAAUGGCAACUACGUACGCACAAACCUCAUUCCAAAAACCAUGGAUCAGCUAGUUAAUUACUCGAUCAACGGGCUGAAGUGCUAAACAAUAUUCUAGGGUUCAGAUACAAAGUCCAUUCCCUUUAAACCCCGAUUAUAUCAUCGUAUCAUCAUAUAUGUGAUAAUACGCUGACACGACACGAUUAUAUUUUGUAGUCAUUAUAUUAUGAUGUCGUGAACGAUACUAUGACCGGAUUUUGCAGUACGUAAUUUUGUAUAGUAUCCACUCUCAUAUUCUAUUCGGCACACAGGAUAGCAAAUUGAGCGAUCACAAAUUUUCAAGAUCAUAAAUUUGAGCGAUGCAAGUAAAAAGUUGUCACUAACGAUUAAAUUCUAAAGUAAAUUUCCACCACCGCCAUUUUGUAUGCAUGUGGCGCAAAUGCACAAUAGUUUUGACUAACCAUAUUUCAUAUUCCACUAACGAUGUUAUAUGUCUCCCAUUCAGUACAAAAAAGAAGAAGAUAACGAUGCUAUAAAUAUUUGUUAAAAUUAUCUCUUAUUUUUAGAAGAGUGAUAUUGAUUUUUAUAUUCAUAUGUUGUUAGUCUCCCAUUACUGACAAAAUUAACCAUAUUCUUCAUUUAUAUGUCACUAAAGUUCUUUUUAGUUCUCUUUUGUUGUCAUAUGUUGUGAUAAUAUGAGUAGACAAUACAAUAGAAAUUAGCGAAAACCCGUGAAACCAUUUUAAAUAGCUUUUUUAUAGUUUUCAAAAGUUGUUUCUUGUGCGAUUCUAUUAAUUGUUGAAAUAAUUUUAUUCAAGAGUGUCUAAUCUCACUAGACUCAUUUUCUACAUAAUAAUUCCUCUUCAUUUGUGCAAACCUCAUCCCCGAUACCCUAUUGCUAAUAUAUUAUUUUCAUAUCCUUUCUCUCUCAAUUUUCUCAUCUCGCUACGCCAGAAUAUUCCUCUCGUUAUUUUCCUACCUUUGUCUUAGUCUCAACAUUUAUACUAAACGGGUCCAAGGAAGUAACUAAACACAUUUACGUUCCUCUUUGUUAACUAACUCGAUUUCUUAGAAUUUGCAUGUUUCUGCUUUCUAUUUUCAUGUUAUUGUGGUUGUACCUCUAUUGUUACAAUUCUACUUCAAUCACAAUAACGAAACUAUGCUAAACAGGGUGACAUAAGUAACUAAACAACAAUAGUGCCUUAAGUUCCCGUUACACUUACUCCUAGUAAAUUACGUCCCUACUAUUUAAUUAUAGUCAGUAAUAUAAUGUAGUUCCUAUGAUCCAACGUGGAACCAAGUAAAAAAAAUGUUAGGUUAAUUAUCGUGAAAAUCCAUUUGGAUCAUAUAUUGAUUAAGCAGCCACACUUGUUGCUUGCAGAUUUUGCUAAACGCACCUCCCUACGCUAUGAGUUGAUAUGUCGUUGAAUCGCAAUCAACCUAUCGUAGUGCGUGAUCGUUUCAAGAGUUGAAAUGAAUGAAUUUAUCGUUUAGACGAAGCACGCGGUUGGCAUUUCCUUCUCAAUUCACAAGUAAAGUCUGUUAUAACUUCUUUGUUAUGAAUGAAUAUGGACUAGUAGUUUUGGUCACAUCACAUGCGAUGAAUUUUCUUCUCUUAAUUGUUUGUUUUCCCUCCUCAAUUAAGUCGUGUACUUACA